GCGUGUUGGGCGCCUCUGCGCCGUGGGGCCUGGUGGCCGCCAUGAAGUUCCGAGCCAAGAUCGUGGACGCGGCCUGUCUGAAUCACUUCACGCGAGUCAGUAACAUGAUUGCCAAGCUUGCUAAAAUCUGCACCCUCCGCAUCCGCCCAGAUAAAUUGAACUUCAUCCUCUCAGACAAGCUGGCCAGUGGAGGGGUGAGCAUGUGGUGUGAGCUAGAGCAGGAGAACUUUUUCAGCGAAUUUCAAAUGGAAGGUGUGUCUGCAGACAACAAUGAGAUUUAUUUAGAACUAACGUCGGAAAACUUAUCUCGAGCCUUGAAGACUGUACAGAAUGCUAGAACCUUGAAAAUCAAGUUAACCAAUAAAUACUUUCCCUGCCUUACUGUCUCUGUAGAGCUGUUGUCUGCAUCAAGCAGCAAUCGAAUCGUGACACAUGACAUCCCCAUAAACAUUAUUCCUAGAAAAUUGUGGAAGGACUUACAAGAACCUUUGGUUCCGGACUCUGAUAAGACAUCUACACUGCCUUGGAAAAUGCUGACAUUUUGCAAAGAGCUGUAGGUAACCUGGCCCCAGGUUAGUAUUUAUUUGCCAGUUUUGAAGACUAUGAAGAAUAUUGUGGAAAAAAUGAAAAAUAUCAGCAAUCACCUUGUUAUUGAAGCAAACCUAAAUGGAGAAUUGAACUUGAAGAUAGAAACUGAAUUAGUAUGUGUUACCACUCAUUUUAAGGGUCUUGGAAACCCUCCAUUAGCCUCUCAGAGUUGUAGAGACAGAAGCCCUGGGGAGCUGACUGAGGUGCACAUAGAAAUCAAGAAGCUCCUACAGUUUCUUGCAGGACAGCAAGUGAACCCUACCAAGGCCGUAUGCAAUCUUGUGAAGAACAGGAUUGUUUACUUCGAUUUGCUUCAUGAAGAUGUCUCCCUGCAGUACUUCAUCCCAGCCUUGUCCUAGCACCAUAGCACCGGACUUAGAAAGGCAAAGCUUCUGUCGUGGCAGCAGAGAUGGUGCCCUGACCAGUCUGAUGGUUGUCUGGUCUCACAGCGCCACAGGCCACAGAGCCUUAUACCCUGCUUCUUUCUCCUUCUAUAAUAGUUAAGUAAAAGUUAUGGAAACAAUUUGGGUAAACCUGUUACUUCGUAUCAUUUGUGUCUGGGUUUUGUUUUGGGUUUAAUCUGCUUUUAAGGCAUUGAGAAGAACUUUGGAAUUCUUUUUCUUUUGUUUUUGUUUUUCUUUUGUUUCUGUGGCACUGAGUAUUAAUCAGGUCCUGUGCAUUCUACCACUGAGC